AUGCAACUAAUCCUCGCCAUUUGUGAAUGCAGUAAACAAAUGGCCUUUGUGAAGGAAAUAUAUUAUAAUAAUAAUCUUUAUAAGGAGAGCAGCAGUGCAGAACCUCGUCACCAUGGCAGCAAUGUCCGUAAAUGACUACCUCCAAAGGGUCCAGACAGCUUUCUAUCAUCAAAAUGGAGAUGUUCUUGGGGAUCUCAUUUCCUUCCGUGACCCACAUGUUAUGAGCCUACGCUUGAUGCUGGAGAAACCUGAGCGAGAUGUAGAGCGCUGUAUAGAUCCAUUACUGGCUGAGGUCAUCGCAGCCCACUUAAGGGCAGUGUGGGCUGCAGGCUCUGGGGACUGUGUUGAGGCCUGGAAGACGCAGAUGGUGGUGGUACAAUCAGUUGCUCGUUUCAUGCAGGAGCUAAAGGAAGAGAAUUGGAUGCUGCCAAUUAUGUAUAGUGCUUGCCUUGAUUUAAGGUUAUUUGCAUCUGCUGCAGAUUAUGAUUUGACACGCUCUGGAGCAAGUAAGGCAGGAGAGACCUUGGAGAAAGCAGCCGAAGCUCUCAUGAGCUGCUUCCGUGUUUGUGCUGCAGAUACACGCACUGGAGAAGACUGCACAAAGCGAUGGGGCCUCCUCUACUUGGUCAAUCAGUUUUUCAAGAUAUAUUUCAAGAUCAACAAGCUUAACCUGUGUAAACCAAUGAUACGUGCUAUCGAGGCUUUGGCUUUCAAAGAGCGUUUCUCGCUGUCUCAACUUAUUACAUACAAAUAUUACACAGGCAGGAAGGACAUGUUUGACUCAGAUUUCAAAUCAGCUGAUGCAACAUUGUCAUUCGCUUUCCAGAGAUGCCACGCCGGUAGCCGGAAAAAUAAGAGACGCAUUCUUAUCUAUUUAAUUCCUGUGAAAAUGCUGCGGGGAUACUUACCCAAACAGUCUGUAUUGGAGAGAUUCAACCUGCCUGAGUUUUAUGAUGUGGUAACAUCUGUUCGCCAGGGAAAUGUACGUCUCCUCUCAGAAACAUUAGUAAAACAUGAGAGUUUUUUCAUUGGAGCUGGAAUUUAUCUUAUUCUUGAGAAGCUGAAAAUCUUGGCCUUCAGAAAUCUCUUCAAGAAAGUUUUUCUCAUCACUGGUUCUCAUCAGAUUGAGGUUUCCCUUUUCUUGCAAUCUUUGAAGUGGAUGUGUGUUGAGGAUGUCGACCAUGAUGAAACGGAGUGCAUACUGGCCAAUAUGAUUAAUGAUGGGCGCAUGAAGGGUUACAUUUCCCAUGCUCACCGAAAAGUAGUUGUCAGCAAAAAAGAUCCAUUCCCACCUCUAACAGCUUGUUGAUAAUGUUGGUAGGAUUCAUAAAUAAAGCUUUGACAAGAAAUCAGUAGAA